GCUACCAAUAAAGCAUGAAAGGUAUCUGACAUACCAAGAGGGUACUACACUCUCCUCAUAAAUCUACUGUUCCAUUCAUUUUCUUUUUUCCUUUCUCUCCCUUUUCUUUUUUUCUUCUCUUCUCUUCAAUUCCAGCCAUUCUUCUCAGCAAGUACAAACACUUCAUCAGUACAGGCAUCUAUGCCUCUAGAUUCACCACUCAACUAAAAAAAUUUUCCCCCUCUUUGAUGCACUUUUUACAACAACUUCAAUUAAAUUUUCUGCACCAAAAGUUUUUAAGAUCCAAGCUACCUAGCUAUAGCUAGCCUCUUCCUUCUUCAAUUUUUUAACCAAUUUUUUUUUUCUUUUUCUCUUUUAGGUUAAGAAGCUAAAACAGCUUUUUGAAAAAAAAAAAAAAAAGAAAAAGAAAAACACAGUUUCCAUUCACUUCUUUGUUUCUUGACAGAUUUGUUGUCCUUCUUUAAUUUUGUCUUUAUAUUCAGCUCUGAUUUUUGGAUAGGGAAGUGUCGGUUUGGAUUUGUGGGAUCUAGAGAUUUACAGCAGCAGAAGUUUUGGGAUCAUCAUCAUCAUCAUAAGAAAGUACUGGCAGCUUAGCAGACUUACAUACAUAUCAGGUUUUCAGGGUCCUUCUGAUAAAACCUCACUGCCAUGAAAUUUUCUUGAUUACUUUUUUUCUUUAGAAGUAAAAAAAAAGACAAAAAAAAAAAAAAAGUGGGUUUGGAUUUAUAAGCAGAAACAGCAAAAGGGUUUGAAAAUCUGGAUUUCCGGUGGGAUUAUUACCAGCAAGAAGCAGAAAAAGAGAAGUUUCCAUUACCAGCAGUAGCAGGAGAAGCCACAGAAUAUGCAAAGGCUGCAGGGAUGAAGAGAGCCGUCGCCGCCGGCGGAGGAGGAGAUGGCGGCCGUACUCAUCAUCAUCAGGGAGAGAUAAUUCAAGUACAAGGAGGACAUAUCCUCCGGGCAACCGGCCGGAAAGACAGACACAGCAAAGUUUACACUUCAAAAGGUCCGAGAGACAGAAGGGUUAGGCUUUCAGCUCACACAGCGAUUCAAUUCUAUGAUGUUCAGGAUAGAUUAGGCUAUGAUAGACCCAGCAAAGCCGUUGAUUGGCUCAUCAAGAAGGCGAAAACCGCCAUCGAUAAGCUCGCUGAAUCCCCCUCCGGCGGCCACCAUCCUAAUCUGAAUGAACUCACCAACGGCGCCGCCGCCGCCGGAGGAGGUCCAACCACUUCCGAUUCGAAUCCCGGCAGCAGCUCAGCCGACCCUUUUUCGGGUAUUAUUCAGACACAUUCAAUUGCUGAUAGUAUGAAGUCUUUUUUCCCGGUUAGUCCGACCGGGAAUAAUAAUAAUUCAUUGAUGCAAAUGCAAGGCGGUGGAGGUUCCUUUCAUGAUGAGAUUAGUAGAAUUUCAAGAUUACAACAACAACAACACCCUCUUCUUCAUAGUGAAGAUCUUGGGUUAUCAUUGCAUACUAAUUUGCAAGGUGGUGAUGAAAAUAUGAACCAUUUUUCUGGGACGAAUCCGACGAGCAUGUUUGAUGCACCAAAUUAUCACCACCACCAUCAUCAUCAUCAGAAAAGUAACGAGUCUUGGUCUAAUGGUACUACAAGUGGUAAAUAUCAUGAAGAAGGAGAGAAUAGAGGGAAUAAUAUUGGAUUUAUAUUCAAUAAUAUUCAACAUUCAUUGCCACAACAACUGCUUUUCAGCCAAAGCUCAUCAGCAUUGUUUUCUCAUAAUCAGCAUCAGCAUCAUCAGAGGGAAUCCCUUCAGUCCAACAGUUAUUCAAAUUUACUUCUUCAUGCCUGGAGUAGUAAUGAGAGACAACAACAACAACAACAACAACAGAUGCCCUCUCAUGUGGAUCAUCAUCAUUCUAGCACUCAGCAGCAGCAGCAGGCUUUCAAUCACUCAUCAUCUCCAUUUUACAACUUCCAUUUUGGUUCUGAUUUUCAAAUUCCGGCUCGAAUUCGCGGCGAGGAGGAUCCCAGCACCGGAGUUGUGUCCCUUCACCAAUCCUCGGUUUCUCCAAGUUCGGAACAUUAAGUUAUAAAUGCAAAGCUUACUGAAGGUGGUGAUUGAUACAAUCCCGAAAUCUAUUUUAAUUUUAGAACAAAUUGAACGGUUGGUGAUGGAUAAUCUUUUGAAGACAAUGGGGGGAAAGACACAGUUCAUUUUGUUUCAUCAUCAUCUUCUUCUUCUUCUUCUUCUUCUACCUUUUUGUUCAAUUUUGGGGUGCAUAAAUUCUUGUUUUUUUUCUUUUUCCUGUAGUCAUCCUGUGUGUGUACUAGCAAUUGUGUUACAUUAAAUUGUUAUGUCCUUUUCGUUCUGGUCCAUAGUUUACGUUGAACUUGAAAUUGUAUUUGUUUAUGUAUACUUUUUUUUUUUUUUUUUUGGGUUCAUCAGUCAAAUGGAAGUAUCUAAUGAUACAUUUCAUUCUCUUAUUUAAAAACAAUUGAAAUUGAAACAUAUCUGAUUGUGUCUUAUGUAGUUUGAUUUGGUGGUUAGUCUUUCAUUCUCGUAUAUAUCUUGUCAUUUUGUCUCUACUAUGCCCACAUUGACGUGAUUAGGAUUGAAGAGAUAAACAAAUUAGGCUAAGCCAAAUGCUCCAAUUUAGUAGUUAAUUCAUGGAAAUGGAGCUUAGUAAUCCGUAUAGUGACAGUUUUGUAGUCACAUAGAGACUAGCUUAUAAUUUGCCCCA